UCAUCCACGUCAAUGACACCUGUCUGCUGCCACACUUAUCCUGAACCAUGAUGACAAGCCCAAAACAACUGUAACAGACCACAUGACGUCCACAGAUCCCUGAUCUCUACAUGAAGAGAUGGAGGACAAUGAGGCAGCACAUUUGCCUGCAGGAUUGUGUGUCGCCAGUGAUUGGGCACAUCAUUGUCCAAGCACCUGAAACAUGCAAACGCAGGCAAAUCCGCUCGGGCGCUGAAGGGGAGAACAUCGAGGGCCUUGUGCUGUCACACGGAAAAUCAGCUGUGAGACGACAGACGCUGCGAGAUAAGACAAAGUGAGACUGAGCUGAGCAACAUGGAGGUCACAUUCAGAGCAGUAACUCGCAGUCCUGGUAUUAUAAUCUGGAGAAUUGAGAAAAUGGAGCUGGUGACAGUGCCUGAGAAAUCCUUUGGGAGCUUUUAUGACGGCGAUUGCUACGUGCUCCUGUUUACCCAGAAAAUGAGAAACUCCCUGUCGUACAACAUCCACUACUGGAUCGGCUCAGAGUCGUCUCAGGACGAACAGGGCGCUGCCGCCGUUUACACCAUUCAACUGGACGAGUACUUGGGCUCCACUCCAGUCCAGCACCGCGAGGUUCAGCACCACGAGUCCGACGUCUUCAGGGGCUACUUCAAACAGGGAAUCAUCUAUAUGAAAGGUGGAGUAGCUUCAGGCAUGAGACACACUGAAACCAACACCUAUGACGUGAAGAGGCUGCUUCACGUUAAGGGGAAGAAACGAGUCAACGCCAAGGAGGUGGAAAUGAGCUGGAACAGCUUCAAUCUUGGAGAUGUGUUUUUGUUGGACGUUGGAAAGACCAUCAUUCAGUGGAAUGGACCAAAGAGCAACAGACAGGAGAGGCUCAAAGGCAUGAUCUUGGCCAAAGACAUCCGCGACAGAGAGCGAGGAGGUCGGGCAGAGAUCAGAGUGAUCGAGGGAGACGAGGAGGACAAAUCCCCCCAAAACAUGGAGAUGCUGAACGACGUCCUCGGGCAGAGGACGUGCGCGCUGAAGGACGGACCCCCUGACGAAACCACAGACCAGGAGCAGAAGGCGAACCUCACACUUUACCACGUGUCCGACGCCGACGGUCAGAUGAAGGUGACGGAAGUCGCCACCAGGCCGCUGGUUCAGGAUCUCCUCAACCAUGACGACUGCUACAUCCUGGACCAGGGAGGCGCCAAGAUCUUCGUGUGGAAAGGGAAGAGAGCCAACAAAGCCGAGCGCCAGGCCGCCAUGACCAGGGCUCUGGAGUUCAUCGCCGCCAACAACUACCCCAUCACGACCAACGUGGAGGCCGUGAGCGACGGGGCCGAGUCGGCGCUCUUCAAGCAGCUGUUCCAGAGGUGGACGGUGAAGGACCAGACUCAGGGUCUGGGCAAGACACACACGAGAGGACAAGUGGCUCACAUCGCACAGGAGAAGUUCGACGCCAGUCUGAUGCACACGAUGCCCAACAUUGCCGCACAGGAGCGUAUGGUGGACAACGGCUCCGGUCAAGUGGAGGUGUGGCGGAUCGAGAACCUGGAGCUGGUGCCGGUGGAUCCGCAGUGGUACGGCUACUUCUACGGAGGAGACUGCUACCUGGUGCUCUACACCUACCUGGUCAACAGCAGGAAGUGCUACCUGCUCUACAUCUGGCAGGGGCGCCACGCCACGCAGGACGAGCUGGCGGCCUCGGCGUUCCAGGCCGUGAACCUGGAUCAGCAGUACGGCGACGAGCCGGUUCAAGUGAGAGUCACCAUGAGCAAGGAGCCCAGACACUUCAUGGCCAUUUUCAAGGGCAAGAUGGUCAUUUUUGAGGGCGGCACAUCUAGAAAGGGUUCGACGGACCCCGAACCACCCAUAAGACUGUUCCAGGUCCACGGCUCGGACCCAUUCAACACAAAAGCCAUCGAGGUUCCAGCUAAAGCUGCCUCCCUCAACUCCAGUGACGUGUUUUUACUCAAGAGCCAAAGCGGAAUUUAUCUUUGGUGCGGAAAGGGAUCGAGUGGAGAUGAGCGAGCCAUGGCGAAGGAGAUCAGCUCUGUGAUCGGCCAGAAGUCAGGCGGAGGCUCAGAGGAGCUGGUGGCGGAGGGUCAGGAGCCCAUUGAGUUCUGGGAGCUGCUUGGAGGAAAAGCUCCUUACGCGAGCGACAAAAGGCUGCAGCAGACGGUUCUAGACCACCAGCCCCGUCUGUUUGAAUGCUCCAACAAGACCGGGCGCUUCGUUGUGAUGGAGGUGACUCAGUUCGAGCAGGACGACCUCAACGAGGACGACGUCAUGCUGCUGGACACGUGGGACCAGGUGUUUCUGUGGAUCGGGAAAGAGGCCAAUGAGGUGGAGCGCACAGAAGCGGUCGUCACCAGCCAGGAGUACCUGCGCACCCACCCCGGCGCCAGAGACCCAGACACGCCCAUCGUCCUGGUCAAACAGGGCUUCGAGCCCCCCACCUUCACCGGGUGGUUCACGGCAUGGGACCCCUCCAAAUGGAGCGGAGGAAUGAGCUACGAGGAGCUGAAGAAGGAGCUGGGAGACGCUGCGUCACCUGUUAAUGUAACAGCUGAGAAACCUGUUCCUGAAAGUGAAAGAGUCUUUCAGAUGUUUCCCCCCGAAGCUCUGAUGGGGAAGAUCGCCGGCGAGCUGCCUGAAGGCGUUGACCCGACCCGCAAAGAGAGACACCUCUCUGACUCGGACUUCGCCAACGUGUUCGGGCUCACGAAAGACGCCUUCGCGACUCUGCCCGGAUGGAAGCAGCUGAACCUGAAGAAGGAAAAGAGGAUGUUUUAAUGUGUUUGUAUUGACCUGAUGUGGUCCAUUUGAACCCAUACUACCUGUUUACCUUUUAGGACACUGCUAACAUUUCCAUUUUUAACAAUAAUAAUUGAUCUCAAUCCUUAAUUUAUUUUAUCGGAUUCGCUGGGACUAUUUUAGCUUUACUGGUGUUGGACAUUGUAAUAGGGUGGUUUGGUUAUAAAAAUGCAUCUUACAUCUUAGGAUAAAGAACUUAAAACUGCAUUGCUUAUUCUUCUGUAGGUGUUUUUAACAACAAGAACAAUAAUAGAAACACACUGAGAAUGUUUUUUAAACCGAGUGACAGAUACUUUGACUAAACCCUCUUGUUGUCUUGUCUGCUGUCAUUUAAGAUCUACUUUGCCAUCUGUUGGCUAAAUAUUGUACAGCAUGAUGGAUUCAAAGAAUGAGACAUAAUAAACAAGAAUGAGUCUGUUCAAA